AUGAGUUGGCUCAUAUGGAAUGUAAGAGGACUAAAUAAGAGGCAUAAGCAGAAGGAACUUAAAAUCUAUUUAUGGAAGAAAGGUAUUAAACUAGCUGCUUUAGUGGAAACUAGAGUCAAGAUUCACAAAGCACCUAAGACUAUUGCAAAUAUCAAUCCUGGAUGGCAAUCUCUCAAUAACUAUCAAUGUGCUGAGAAUGGAAGGAUAUGGCUAAUGUGGGAUACAAACCAUUAUCAAGUUACUCACAGUAGAACUACUGCUCAAUCAAUCCAUUGCAUGAUCAAUAAUAGCAUUGAUAGAUUACAUGGUGCACCAGUAUCCUCAGCUGCAACUCAAGCCUUCACCAAGUGUCUUCAUGAUUUACAUCUCAAUGAACUACCUUGGAAAGGAGAUUACUAUACUUGGUCAAAUAAACAGAUGGGUACUGAUAGAAUCUAUAGCAGAAUUGAAAGGAUAUUUGGCAAUUCAGACUGGAUGAUGCAUUGGGGCCAUGUGGUUACACAAUAUGAAGUACCAUACAUCUCUGAUCACUCUCCUAUGCUAAUCAAAAUUGAGGACAACCAGUGGACAGUCAAGCCUCCAUUCAGAUUCUUCAAUAUUUGGGCAGAUCAUAGCAAGUUCAUGGAAAAAGUAACAGAAGUAUGGCACAAGCAACUAGUACCAGGGAAAAUGGCAAAUAUUUGGGCAAAAUUGAAAGCCCUACAGAAGAUCUUAAAAACUUUAAACAAGGAGGAAUUCCAAAACAUCUCCACUAGAAUAACUAAAGCUAGACUUGAACUAAUCCAAAUACAGAAGCAGAUUAAUCAACAAUGCACAGAUGAACUUCUUAGCAAAUAA